AGCGCCUGCACACCGCCGCCGCCACCGCCGGCAGAGUCGCGACAAUCGCGCGUGCGAUACCCAGUCCGCACGUUCGCUCAGCUCCCGGCACAACAACAACACACGCGCGACGCACGGUGGACGCAUUAAACCUUUCUAGUGCCGGUAUUAGUGAAGUGAUCGUGACACGUGCUCAUCUCCGCGCGACAUGUGAGAUAAUUUUUCGUGACGGCGCCGGCCAGCGGCAUGCGGCGCGGCCCACAUUCACGCAAAAUGAAAUAAUAAGAGGAAAAGGUGACCCCCGGCAUGAGGUCGGGGGAGGCGGGCGAGGGCUCGGAGUUGGCGGAGUUUGGCGCGCGCUGGCCGCCGCCCUAUGCGCAGACGCAGGGCUACGGCUGGGCGCGUUCCGCCACGCCCCAGCACCCGCCCGCGCACCAUCUAGCACGCCACUCGCGCUCGCAGCAGUGGUUGCAGGACAACCGGCACACGAGCUACGAGGCGGAAGACGCGCGGUCUCGAGCGCGUGGAGGGGUGUACUACUCACCCCCGGGCACCUCCUAUACCAUCGUGGAGCGGCCUGCCUCGUCCCAUGGCCACCACACUUCAUACUCCCAAUAUCACUACGCUGGGAAGCUUUCCCGUGCUCCUUACCUUGGUUCUUCCACUAUUCCUAAUAGCACAGCAGGAGCAACAAGCUUGCGAAAUAGCACGAACCACCUGAGCGCGUCGAACGGCAAGAAACGAGCAAUUUCGCCUGAGCAAGUUCUGCGGCUGUUCGGCCAGGGCGGCGCGGCGGCGUUGGGCAAGGCUCUGCCGCCUUCUCACCCUCCCGCGCCACUUCCUGCCCCGCUACCCGCGAGGAGGCACUCACCUGCCAGCAGCCCCAGUAGUACCACGCAUCAUGCGGUAUACCGUGGCGGCGCGGGCGAGCGGGACCGGCCGUACUCAUCUGGCGGCGCGCCGGGCCCGCCGUCGGAACCAGCCACCCGCAUCGUCACCAUGAGCCGCGACCCCGCCGACUCGCACGGCUUUGGUAUCUGCGUCAAGGGCGGCAAGGAGGCGGGUGUAGGUGUGUACAUAUCGCGGGUGGAGGAAGGGUCGGUGGCGGAGCGCGCGGGAUUGCGCCCGGGCGACUCCAUCAUGCAGGUGAACGGGACGCCUUUUGCUGGCAUCUCCCACGAGGACGCGCUAAAGAUGCUGAAGUCGUGCAGGCAACUGACUAUGACGGUGCGAACGUCAGGAGCGUUGCUGAGCCGCGCGUCGUGCUCGUGGAUGGACCGGUAUGGACGGCCCGCGUCACCUCCGCCCCUGCGGCCGCCUCGCUCGGCCAGCAAAGACCGCUCGAUACGAAGGGUGGACCUCUGUAUCGAGCCUGGUCAGUCAUUAGGACUUAUGAUCAGAGGAGGAUUGGAGUACAAUCUCGGCAUCUACAUCACAGGUGUUGAUAAGGAUUCCGUUGCAGAUAGAUCGGGACUCAUGGUGGGUGACCAGAUCCUGGAAGUGAAUGGACAGUCGUUCGUGGACGUAACACACGAUGAGGCAGUCGCUCAACUCAAGUAUCACAAAAGGAUGUCGUUGCUCGUGCGUGAUGUGGGGAAAGUCCCCCAUGCGUGUACUGCUUACGGGGAGAGAGAUGCGACACCAAGGAUCAGUGGGUGGGGUAAAAGGAGAGGCGCGGCGUCAUUAGCGGUAGAGCAGAAAGCUCGUUCGCUACUGCCAGCUAGUGACUUGCCGGCGAUGGCGUACUAUAUGGAAGAGUAUGCGGCGAGGAGACUUACUCCUGAUGCCUUCCUUACGGUGCUACGGGAUCUCUUGGAUACACCACAGAAGUACACACUUCUGACAGAAAUCAGGGAGUUCUUGCUGCCGGAAGACAGACCAAGAUUUGACGAGCUUGUCUACAGGCGCGGAGAAGAACCAUUCGAUCAUCAUAUAAAGCGUGCGGCCGAGCGGCAAAUGCUGCCUUCCUCGACCAUGCACGAGUUGCACGACCCGGAGGGGCCGUCAGAGGCAGUGCUCGUGGCCGACCACCGCUCCCCCUCCGAGGACUCCGGGCUCGGCCUGCCGCCGCACGACCACGCUUACAGGAGCGGGCGCGGGUGGCGCGCGACCGCCGACGCGCCGCCGCCUGAUGACGACCUGGAGCCACCGCACGAGGAGUACGAGGAAGAAGGCCGGAGGUCAAGACGGCAUUCCUCACCGUGUAAUUCUAGAGAGGGCAGCACCACUGCGCUUCAUACCCAACAUUACGACGACGCCGACCAGUGCGGCUAUCUCGAGGGGCUGCGCUCAUCACUCGGUGGCUGGACGCAGAAAGUUAAAUCAUGGUACUGGGGACGACCUCUAGAGUUGGCUCACAAACUAUCUCGCAGUUUCGAUAUGAAAGAAGAUGGAGGAACGUUGCUCGAUGAGCGAGGUGGCAUAAGAAGACAUCAGUCCAUGCAGCGGCUGCAACACGGGGAAUCUGCGGCGGAUGAAGGCCGCGCAGCAAGGGUCGUACAUGACCAUCACGGCAACCUACAAAUUUCCGUUAAAAAAACAAAGCCCAUACUGGGCAUUGCUAUCGAAGGCGGUGCUAACACGAAGCAUCCGCUGCCUAGAAUUAUUAACAUACACGAGCAUGGCGCUGCUUACGAGGCAGGAGGAUUAGAAGUAGGCCAGUUGAUUUUGGCGGUGGAUGGCCAUCGCGUAGAAGGAAUGCAACAUCAGGACGUCGCGCGAUUAAUAGCAGAGUCCUUCGCUCAGAGAGAUAAGCCCGAGAUAGAGUUCCUGGUGGUGGAAGCAAAGAAAUCCAACCUGGAACCAAAGCCAACUGCACUUAUCUUUCUGGAGGCCUAACAUCUACUUUCCCUCCCCGCCAGCGACCCACCGGCCGCGCUGGGCAGCGCGACGCCGGAGGUCGACCUCACCGCGCACACCACGGAAUAGCCAACUCCAACCUGCGCUGCCACAUGCUCUUCUAAAUGCGCUAGCAUAAACAUAUGCUCGUCGGCUCUUCUCUAUUUACUGUUCCUUGUACACUGACACCCAAGUUCUUGAUUCUUCGUCAUCAUCAAACUUGACGAACCGUAAAGGAAUAGUUUAAGUAGUGAAUAGAGCUGAACGCAGCAGUUGUAGCGUAUUUUACUCUACAGGUGAUCUGAUAGGCAAACAAACAGCGGGCAUCAACACCGAAUACGGAUCUGAAGUUGCAAUGAACUGAAACGACAAUAAACGGCGACACGACGCAGGUAAACCAGUAGGCUGUACCAAACAAUGGCACAAGGGAGGCAAAACUUUUUACAUCUUGAUGAAUUGUCCACAGUAAUAGAAAAUAGUUACGAAGCACACUGCCCAAGGCGUUCGAAAUUAACUUUCUCCUCCUAAAUUACGUCCCUCAUUCCUCUUUCUUCAGUGAGAAGGAUUGAGUGGUCACAAAAGAUUUUAUAAAUCAUUUUCUAGAAGUAGCAUACAAAUUUACCAGUAGUCGGCGACUGAAUUUUAUAAAACAAAAUUCUCCUACUUUUACCAAUUACUAUAAGUUCAUCUUAAAAUCACCAUUAAGCAUCAUAACGUUAAAAUUUUUGCAGGUAGUUUUGAUCUAUGCAAUUCCGUAACAAAUUUAAAUAAACGAUAGAUUUUUAAAGAGGUAACAUAGAUCUUAUGAUUUUAAUUUUCGAAAGGAAAUUGUGCUAAUAGUUAUUGAUUGGCAAUGGUGCUACGGGAAGAUAUCACUCAGAGUUUCAACUUCUCAGAUCAUGUUCACGCGUAGUUAUCACUAGUUUAAUAGAGCUUUUCGUCAGCGCGUUCAUGCAUCUCAUGAGCGGCGGGUUCACCCGCGAGGUGUCAUCCAUGUGCCAUUAACGUUGUGUUGGGAGUGGUAUAUUCAGUGGUCAUGACUCUUAAAGGUCAUCUCAUCAGGUCGCUGAACGGCGUAGACACGCAGUAGCAGCCCUAGAGCCUCAUCUUUGUCAUCUGUAGAGCAGAGCUUUGCAGCACGCGACGCGCCCCUAAGCAAGCUGGUCACUUUCUCAUAAAAACAUCAAAUUUAUAAGCCUUUACACCCUUUAUAUCCACACUAAAUUUUAGUUUUCUAAACGAUAGUUUAUUUUAUAUUCUAAUCAGUAGUUUGUUGAUUUUAUAAAAUUUUAUAUGGAUGUUUCAAAGUUUGAACAACUUAGCUUGGUUCAGUUUGCUUAGCGCGGCUCCAUCGACAACAGUGCGUCAAACAUGUCAUUCCAUCAGGUAGUUAAACGGUGAGUUACACGAAAUUAUGGCGGAGAGGGAUUUUAGCCCACUCUUUGAUUUAUAUAUACGUAAUUUUAAGUGAAUGUGUGCAAUACAUGUAUAACCAAAAUGUUAUGUUAGAUGUUAGACUCAGUAAACUGUUUACGUCAUUGAUAUUAUUGUAGGCCAUCAUGGAACGUUACUCGAUGAAGGUAGCGGUAAUUAAUGUAAACAUGAUGUGGGCAGUAUACAUACAUAAUAUUUCCAUUAUAUCAAUGUGAGUGUUGUUAGUGCUUUGAUAUCCAAAAAACUGUAGAUAUUGUACACGUUCCAAAAAUUUUAUGAUAUGUAUUUGUAUAAAUGUAACAUGCUGUAAUUAACCUGAUUAUAUUUCGUUUAUCGACAAGAUUCCAUGUACGGUUGUAAAUAUAUAUCUAUACUACAUGUAAGCUGUAAAUAUCAGAUUUGAACGUACUUGUAAUAUAAAAUUAAUAUAUUUAUUGAAGUUAGUGCCAAAAGCAUUUGACAAUCCCCUCUACAAUGUGUGUGCGACGCUACAGGCAGUACUGAAUUUUACUAAAGUUUUCUAUUAUGUACUCUGCCAGCAUUGUACUGACGCUAUUAUAUUCACAGAUAUGCUUCGAUUAUUAGAAGUUGGUCAUCAUUAUACGUGUUUUAAUUCAAUAUUGUACCUAACACUUUGCAUAAUUAAAUACAAAUUCCAAAUUUUGUAUAUUUUCACAUUAUACGAGUACAUACACGUAGAUAAUAUUUUCAAUAUAUAAUUAUUUUAAAUCUGAAUAUAGUUCAAAAUUAAGGUCACACAUAGACAUCCGCCUCUUCAGAACUUACAAUUUUAUCCCUUCAAAAUAAAUUUAAUUAAAAUAUAUAUGUAAAUGAUCAAAUAUGCACUGAACAACUAUAUUUUGUACGAGUAAUUAUAGUUAAUUUUAACUUAUACCUAAUUGUAUUUAAAGCUACAUAUAAGUUUGUAUGAUUACACUAAGUAUUUGAGUCAAUUCAUCAUUUGCGCAUUGAACACAGUUUUAAUGUAGAGUAUAAGAAUUAUUUUCAUAUUCUUCUGUAAAAUGUCAUUGAAUAUGCCAAUUAUGUUUAUUGGCAAAAUUAUUUAACACGUGUAAUUAGCAAUAAAAAUAUUUUAGUUUUUAUUUAAGAUUUGUUUAUCAACAGUUCAAGUCCUACGAAAGCAGAAAAUAAAGGUACACAAUUGGUUGUCCCACCUAGACCGACCAUAUGAGUUUGCAUUUCGUUAAUAUCUCGAAAGACGGUGCGACUGUAGAGAUUUUAAUGUCAGCCUCAGUUAGCCCAUAAAUUGGUAUACAUUUCACAGAAAAAAUCGCAGGUUAGUUCGCAGUUUCGUUGAAAACGAUCUAUGUUGUAGUCUGUUGUUAAGUUUGUCGUUGAUGACAAAAAUAUAUUGUUA